AUGGGUGAUCUACCCGAUUAUCGAGUACAGCCAACGUUUCCAUUCAAUCGUACCGGUCUGGAUUUUGCUGGCCCCUUCAAGAUCCGUGCGAAUCACAAGAUACGGAACGCACAGGUAAUGAAGGGCUACGUCUGUGUGUUUGUGUGCAUGUCAACCCGUGCACUUCAUCUUGAAGUCGUAUCCGACCUCACAUCCGAAGCCUUUCUUGGAGCCCUCCAACGCUUUGUGAGCCGCCGAGGUCUGGUAGAGCACCUCUAUUCGGACAAUGCAACCAACUUUGAGGGCGCGAACAACGAGCUGCAGCGUCUUGCCGAACUAUUUCGGAACGAGCAACACCAACAAGGUUUGGAAGCAUUCUGCACACAGCGAGGAAUUAAGUGGUCCUUUAUCCCGCCCCGAAGUCCCCAUUUCGGCGGGAUUUGGGAAGCGGGGGUCAAAUCUGUUAAACUACACCUGAAGAGAAUCCUAGCCGAGCACAAUCUUUCGUAUGAACAAUUAUCCACUGUGCUUGCGCAGAUAGAAGGCAUUUUAAACUCCCGGCCGUUAAUUCCAGUCUCGGACGACCCAAGCGAUGUCCGGGCUAUAACUCCCGCCCAUUUUUUAAUCGGCCGAGAGUUUCAAGCGAUUCCCGAACCCUCAUAUGAGGAGAUCCCUGCUGGUCGACUCUCGAAGUGGCAGUUUCUACAAGAUCUAAAACAGAAAUUCUGGAAACUCUGGAUGACCCACUAUCUCCAUGAACUGCAACAGCGCCAGAAGGAUUUCAAGGUCAUCCGAUUCAAGGUCGGUGCAUUAGUGCUGAUCGUUGACGAGAACGUUCCACCACUUCAAUGGAUGUUGGCUCGCAUAACCGAGCUGAUUCCAGGAAGGGACGGCCACACACGUGUGGUUGGCCUGCUGCUACCGAAUGGGACAACAACGACAAGAGCGGUGAAGAAAAUUUGCCUACUACCAUUGGACGCGGAGACCGAUUGA